AUGAUAGAAUAAACUCAAUAGAAGAGAUGUUACUCUAAGAUUCCUUCUUUAAUAAAGAAAGAAUUGAUACAAAAAGUUUUUCAAAAGGGAUUGAAGAUUAAACAAGUAUGUGUGAUUAUAAGUGUAGGCAGCCUUGUAAUUACAACUGAAAUAUGCUACUGCCAAAACAAUAAUACUUAAUUAUAGAAAAAAGGUAGUAAGAAAAAAACUUAUUUUUAAAUCCAAUAAACCUUGUUUAAUUCUUCCUUUAAACAAUAUACAUAAAAAGAGAAAUAUUAUUGUUGUCUCUUUAGUGGCUGGAAAACUAUAGAAUUUAGAAUGA